CUGAAAUGGCCAUGGCCGCCCCCGCCGCCCCUCCCCUCCUCCAUACCUGCACAGUUCAACAACCUCGAGCUAUACUCAGUAGAAUCCACGCAUGUUUCCACUUCGCCGCCAUUCUCGCUUUGCUCUACUACAGAUUCUCAACCUUCUCCCACGGCGGCGUGCCGCGGCUUUCAUGGACGCUCGUCACCUUCUCGGAGCUCAUCUUCACCUCAGUAUGGGUUUUCACGCAGGCGUUCCGGUGGCGGCCGGUGGCGCGGUCCGUGAGGCCGGAGAAUCUGCCGGCCCGGAGCGAGGAGUUGCCCGGGGUGGACGUGUUCAUAUGCACGGCGGACCCGAGUAAGGAGCCGGUGGUGGAGGUGAUGAACACGGUGUUGUCCGCCUUGGCCCUCGACUACCCGCCGGAGAAGCUGGCGGUUUACCUGUCGGACGACGGCGGCGCCCCCGCCACGUUGUACGCUAUGAAGGAAGCCUGUGGGUUUGCUAGACAUUGGCUGCCGUUUUUCCGGCGGUACGCGAUCAAGACGAUGUCCCCCGAGGCUUAUUUCUCCUCUCUCGGCGACGAGGAACGAUUUCUCCGGCUGGGUGAUGAUGAAUUCAUGGCAGAGGAAUUGAAAAUCAAGUCCGAAUACGAUGUGUUCAAGAGAAACGUGGAAAAGGCAGUAAGCGUCGAUAACUCAGUCAAAAACGACCGCCCUCCUUAUGUUGAAGUCAUUCAUGAUAAUACCAAGAACCAAGAAGGUGAAGACGAAGAAAGCAAGAUGCCUCUUCUAGUGUAUGUCUCCCGUGAAAGACGACCUUUGCACCCUCACCGUUUCAAGGCCGGGGCACUAAAUGCUCUUCUUAGAGUUUCUGGGUUAAUGAGCAAUGCUCCAUACAUGGUGGUGUUGGAUUGUGAUAUGUACUGCAAUGAUUCUUCUUCUGCAAAGCAAGCAAUGUGCUUUCAUCUUGAUCCCAACAUUUCCAGAGAUCUUUCUUAUGUACAGUACCCUCAAAUCUUCUAUAAUGUCAGCAAAAACGACAUAUAUGAUGGUCAAGCUAGAUCUGCUUACACGACUAAGUACCAAGGGAUGGAUGGUAUACGAGGCACAAUUUGUGCAGGGACUGGAUAUUACUUGUACAAAAAGGCCUUAUUUUCUCUUCCUAAUCAAGAGGACGAAUUCCUCCACGAGGCAGAAAAACAUUUUGGUUGUUCUAGAAAGUUUAUUGACUCCCUCAAACGUUUGAACGACAAAAAUUAUGACAAAAGGGACAUUAUUCUUGCUGAUUCAACUAUAGAAGAAGCCAAAACUGUUGCUUCUUGCACCUAUGAAGAAAACACAGCAUGGGGUAGUCAGAUUGGGUACUCUUAUGAAUGUCUCUUGGAGAGCUCAUUCACAUCCUAUCUUCUGCACUGCAAGGGGUGGAGAUCAGUCUAUCUUUACCCUAAACGGCCAUGCUUUCUAGGGUGCACCACCAUUGAUAUGAAGGAUGCUUUGGUUCAGCUUAUGAAAUGGGCUUCUGGAUUAGUUCAAGUUGGUUUCUCCAAGUACAGUCCUCUUGUGUAUGGCAUCUCCAAUAAUAUGCCUAUUCUUCAAGUCCUAUGCUAUGGUUACUUCAUGCUUUCUCAUCUUCUCUCCAUUCCCACCCUAUUGUAUGGCAUAGUUCCACAGCUUUGCUUUCUCACAGGCACUCCCUUAUUUCCAAAGGUAUCGAGUGUAUGGUUUGCUCCUUUUGCAAUUGUGUUCGUGUCAUCCCUUCUCCAACACGUGCAUGAGGUCUUCUCGACUGGGGGCUCCAUCAAGACAUUGUGGAAUGAGCAGAGGAUUUGGCUGAUAAGGAGUGUGACAGCAUGCCUAUUCGGGUGCUUAGACGCCCUGCUAAAGCAGGUGGGAGUAGCUAAAGCGAAUUUCAGGCUGACAAACAAAGCCAUCGAUAAAGACAAGUUAAGGAAGUACGAGAUGGGGAAGUUUGAUUUCCAAGGAGCCAAAAUGUUCAUGGUCCCUUUAACAUUCUUGGUGGUACUAAACCUUGUGAGUUUUGUGUUUGGAAUGAAGAGGAUGAUUGGUGAAGGGAAUUAUGGGGAGAUGUUUGGGCAAUGCUUCCUUUCUAGCUAUGGUUUGGCUCUUAGUUUGCCCAUUCUUGAAGGUUUGAUAAAGAAAGACAAACAAAAGUAACUUUUUUAUUUUUAUUUUUUCAAAGUAUUGUAUGUCCCAUACCCUAAAUAAUGAAAAUCAUCAUAUGUUAGUUGAAGAGAUAAUAACAAAAUUGUAUUGUUAGAGACAAUAAACCUAGUUUUUGUUCAAGUUUUAGCUCUUAGAUACCUCAAUCUAGAGGUCUUAGAGUUGUGGGCCUAUGGAUAAUGUUUAAAAUUAAAGAUGUUGGGCUGCAGAAGCAGUUCUAUAUCUAGGCCCGACUACCCAAUAUCUCAAGAUGUUUAAAAGUGUACCAUUAA